CCCGAAAUGCGCCGCCAGCCCCCCCAACCCCUCGCCCCUCAGCCGCAGAGCCAGACGGAGCCAGCCAGCGAGCAGUGGAGCAGGAAAGACAUAGCUCAUAACUCUGCCCCUAUGACACCAACCAGCAGAGCUUCAUCUUCCAGAAAUCUUUGCAGUGCAGUCAGCAAGUACCAACUGUGUCAUUCUGGUCUGCGCAAGCAAACGAUUACGGGGCAGAGCCACACCACACCUGCAUUUGUGCCUGCACAUGAGGAUGUUAGUCAUACAGAAACCAUAGACGGAAGAAAGCAGGAUCUUGAUUUUGUCCUUCCUGCAACCCCUUAUGCCCAGCCCACCUUCCCAUUAAAUUCAACAAGUGUAAAGAAAAAUUAUUUUUCCGAGCCGGCGUUUGUGUCUGAUACCCCGUGCUGGAGGGUUGUAGUGAAUGGGGCUACAUCUGUUUGGCAGCCAGUUCUAGGGCCAGUUCCGUUCAAUAUUUUUAUCAGUAGUCUGGAUGCAGGAGUUGAAUGCACCCCCAGGAAGUUUGCUGAUGAUUCUAAACUGGGAGGUGAUGUUGACACUCUCAAGGAACAAGAGGUCUUGCAGAGGGAUUGGGUAGACUGGAGCAUUGGGCAAUCACCAGUGGCAUGA